UUAUGGUUACGGCACACUCCGGAGCCAAUGGAGUGAGUAGAACUCACGUGCGGCUGGAAGAACUCCGCCCCACGACCCGGAGGCCAAUGGAGUGCGCCGUAACAAAAGUUCUCGCAGGAAGAACCGUCCGUGGCACCAAUGGCGGGCGUCGUAUCUACGGUUCCUGCCGGAAUGACGCCUUUGCGUCCCCACAGCGUGCGCGGUUGCUAUGACGCCCUGGCUCCUUAGGCACCUGCAGUUCACAACUGAGCUGCUAGCAGCAAAACCACCCCGGGACCCUCGCAGCACCCUCCAGAAGAAAAUUUCCGCCUGCUUCCUGAGGUUUCCGCCUCAACCCCGAGGAGGAAAGCGUUUUUCCUCCACUCCUUUUUCCACGUCCCAGGACUUUCCCUAUUCUCUUCCAAGUAAGGACCGAAACUACCGAAGAGCCCUCUGGCUCUGGCCUUUCCAACCUGGGGCUGGAGUGAUUCUGUCCGAAGAAGGAUUCGCCCGUUUUCCCCGGAUCCAGCUGCUGCAGCCAUGUGGUGUCAGGCUGCCGCUCUUAUUUAAACGGUGACUUAGAACACGCUCCUUUUCUCACCUAACCCGUGAGGGGACACACCCUGGACAGAUGACUACACCCGAAGACCCAAGUCGCUAAAAGUUCACGGAGGCACAGUUGUCCCCCUACUUGUAGGCACGUGAACCUUAGAACUGCCGUUUUCUGCUUUUUGGACCGGUCUUCGUCAUGCAGAACCUUGAAUCCGGAUGAGACUGGAGGCCUUUGGUAACCUCAUCAUCGGAGAUUGCAGUCAUGACAGUAUGGUGGUCUCCCUAUGAUUUUCACUGACUGGACCUUUAAUAUGAGUGAAAAUAUGGCUGGAUGUGGUGGCGCAUGCCUGUAAUCCUAGCUACUCCUGAGGCUGAGGUGGAAUAUUGCAUAAACUAUGUUUGUAACUUAACAGAGGGAAGAGAAGACUUUUCUCACGGUUUUGAAAAGGAAAAUGAACAACUUAGACAUGAAUUUAAAGAGCUCCAACUCAAACGAAACCCAAAUAAAGGAAGUUGAAGAAAUGUUGUCUCGAGAAGUCUCAUCUAAAAUAGCUCUGAGAAACUCCUGUGAACAAAUUGCAUAUUCACUGGUAGAAGGAAGAACACUCUUGAAGAAAUUGGAACUUGGGGACUCCAAGCCGGAGUCUCAAAGACAUAUGAAUGGUAACCUGCAGAAAGAAUUUCCCCAGGAGAAAUUUGAACAAAUCCACCAGCCUUUGCAAAGAGAACAUCAGAAACACCAAGAAUGUGGGCAACAGACUAAAAAAGAUCUGAGCGAGUCUCAUAAUAAAGACCUGGAUAAAAAUAAAGCAUCACAAAAUUGCCUGGAGAGAGGCAUGGAACAAGUAACACAGAGGUUGGAGGUUGCUCAGGAAGAGAUCCAAAGGCUCACCGAUAAACUACAACUGAAGGAGAUGGAAGAAAGCAAAUUAGAUUCUGCACUUGAGAAGGCUCAACAAGAAAUUAAGAAAUUGAAAGAAAAUCUGAUAAAACUGAAAGAAAAUGAUACAUUUGACCUACAGAAAGCAAAAGAACACAAUCAGAGACUAGAUGGCGAAAUUCUAGCCUUAAGAAAUCGGGUUCGAUCACUUGACUCAGAAAAAAAAGUGCUUGGAGAAGUGGUUGAAAAACUUAAAAGAGAGAUAUGUGAAUCUCAAAAGAAUAAGGAACUUGGAAACUACUCCCCUGGAAAAACUGUGGGUGCUGAAAAGAGAGUACAGGAAUUGCAGAAAUCAAAGUCGGAACUUACAUGCCUUUAUAGUGAGAUUCAAAGUCUUCCAGGGGCAGCAGAAGACAGAGACCAUUUUUUAAUAGCAUAUGACCUCCUAAAAAGAGAGAAUGCUGAAUUAGAAACAAAGAUCUCAAAGUUUUCACAAGAAUUGGAACAAUUAAAUCACUUUACUAUAGGGGGGGAAACUGCAACUGCUAAUUUAAUUGCAAGUGAAAGUGCCUAUAAAGAUCUGGUGUUGAAAGUACCAAUUUUGGAAGUAGAGUUGCAAAGCCCAGAGGAAGAGAAAGAGGAACUCUGUCCCGAAUUAGGAGAAAGUAAGCAGAAGGACAUUCCAGAGGAGUCAGUAAAGGAGGGCACUCUUCCAAAAGAGGGGCAGAAGGAGGAGGACUCUCAACCGAAUCGAGAUAUGAAAGAUGAAGAACCGCAGUUGGCCAUGAAGCCUGAGGAAGUUGUAAGGCUUGGAGAAGAGGCAAGGCAUGUGAAUCAGAGCCUCCUUCGGUCUCCGAACUCUGGGGAUAGUUCAGAUGACAGUAGCACCCAGUAUCUGUCAUCUGGAGAAAAACUCAAAUGUGAGCAGCAAGAGGAAAUACAACAACUUCGCAAGAAUUUGCAUCGGCUCCAAAUUCUUUUCAACUCAGCUGAAAAAGAGCUUCGAUAUGAGCGAGAAAAGAACAUGGACUUAAAGCAACAUAAUAGCUUGUUUCAGGAAGAAAACAUUAAGCUCAAAAUUGAACAAAAGCAGGCCCAACAGAAGUUAUUGGACAGCACAAAGAUGUACGCUUCACUCACAGCAGAAUGGAAGCACUGUCAGCAGAAGAUCAAAGAACUAGAGCUGGAAGGACUUAAGCAGGCUCAGGGCAUCAAAUCACAGAACCACCUGCAGGAAAAGCUGGCUCAGGAGAAAUCUAAAGUUGCCAGUGCAGAGGAAAAGAUUUUAGACCUGCAGCAGAAAUUGGAACACGCUCAUAAAGUCUGUAUCACAGACACUUGUAUUUUGAGGACGAAGCAACUAGAGGAAAAGAUCAAAGAAGCAACAGAAAAUGAAGCUGAGUUAAGGCAACAAUAUCAGGAGGAACAACAGAAGAGGAAGCUCCUAGAUCAGACUGUAAAUGAGUUAAAAAGGAAAGUGACAACCUUACAGGAGAAAGAUAAUCAGUUGAAAGUGACCAGAUCUCAGCAACAAGAGGCCCUACUCAAACAACUGGAAAAUGAAAAAAGAAAAUCCGAUGAGCAUAUCAAGAGCAAUCAGGAGUUGUCAGAGAAGCUGUCGGGGUUACAGCAAGAGAAGGAAGCUCUAUGGGAAAGAUGUGUGCAAUUUUUGGAGCACUUUGAUGAGCAUGUAAGAAACUACUCUGAGAAGCAUCACCACAAAGCCAAGCUUCGAAAGGUCAAGGAUCAUUUAGUUCAUGAAGUAGAAAUGCGAAAUAAAAGAAUUAAACAACUUGAAGAUGAAGCUGGACUCCUGCAACAAAAAAUUGAGACGGAUAAGGCAUUCCAGGACCAGAUCAUUGCCCAAAAUGAUACCCUGAUCCUAGAAAAAAGGGAGCUUCUGAAGCAAGUCAUGGACCAAGAAGAAAUAAUCCGCAACAACAAACACAUAAUCUCGUCAGUCAAGAGCAAAGCACUUUUCCUGGAUAAAGAAAAUAAGCAAUUACAGGAAAAUCAUUUCCGGCUCAUGCAGCAAGUUAGCUUCUUAGAGCGCAUUAUAUGGAACAUCCAGAUUCGCAGAAGAGAGGAAGCAACAAUUAGCGACAUCCCUGGACUUGACCUAUUAAAUAAAAUGUUGCCUUUUCCGGGAUCUAGUUUCUCAGGAGCACGUUCUGUAGAGUCCAUUGGAAAUCUUCAAGGGACUAAAGACCAUAAAUCAGAAGCAGAAAUGGCAGUUUCAAAGUCCCCUGAGUGUCUUUCAUGUUCACAGAAUUCUGAAACUGGAUACAUAAAUGUGGCUUUUCUGAAAGAGGAAAACAGCCUAAAAAAACAAGACCAAAAAUCAGAACUAUAAAAUCACUGGUGUCUGACCCUAUACUGAUCAAACCUGCUAACUUAAAGCUUGAACAUUAAAGUGGACUGACAUGGAAGAUUCUGGAUUCCCCAUGUAUGUCAACCAGGAGUCUUCAAAAUUGCUGAUAAGUUCA